UCUAGACGCUUCCGAAUCCUAUAUCUUCCAUUCCCAACAUUGCUCGCUAGUCUCAACGCCACAUCUCCUUUCUGCUUCAAUUCUGUCUUUGACUUGAGCCCCAACAGGUCGCCGUCGCCGGAUAAUGGCGAGGUACGGAGAAGGAGACAAGCGUUGGAUCGUGGAGGAGCGCCCGGACGGCACCAACGUCCACAAUUGGCACUGGGCCGAGACCAAUUGCCUCGACUGGUCCCGCACUUUCUUCACUAACCUCCUAACCAACCAAACCCUCAUCGACGGCGAAGCUAACUUAUGCAUCCGCACCAAGAAGCUCGACAAGCUCGAGGGCGAGGCCUACGUUAAUGUUCGGAAGGGCAAAAUCAUACCAGGCUACGAGCUUAACUUAGUUCUCUCCUGGGAAGGCGAAGCCAAGGAUGCGGAUGGGAAAUUGUUGAGUAAGACGGACGGUACUGUCCAAAUCCCUUAUAUUUCCGACGAGAACGCCGAUGAAGAUCCGGAAAUUAAGAUUACCGUGCGAGAUGAGGGCCCGGUUGGGAGGAGAUUGAAGGAUGCUUUUAUCGCGAAAGGGAAGCCGUUCGUUUUGGAACAAGUAAGAGCUUGGGUGAAUGCAAUGGCGAGAGGCGGGCCUGCUAAGGAUGAGCUGGAAUCGAAGACGGUGGUGAAGAAGACCACAAGUGGCAGUACAGUGGCUGCGGAUGCGGAUGCCCCAUCUGACAAGGCGAAAACAGCAAGGAAGGAGGGUGUUAAGGAGAAGAAGAGGGAAGGUUUUAGGACGAUUACAAUGACGGAGAGAUUUAUUUGCAGAUCAAAGGAUUUAUAUGAGAUAUUAAUGGAUGAGAAUCGGUGGAAAGGGUUCACGCAGAGCAAUGCGAGGAUAAGUAGGGAAGUGGGAGGAGAGUUUAGCAUAUUCGAUGGGUCAGUGAGUGGGACCAAUUUGGAGUUGCAGGAAGGCAAGUUGAUUGUGCAGAAAUGGCGGUUUGGUAGCUGGCCGGACGGCAUUCAUUCCACGGUACGGCUGAGUUUUGAUGAGCCUGAACCUGGAGUUACAAUGAUCAAGCUGAUACACACUGAUGUACCAGAGGAAGACAGAUAUGGGAACGAGACAGUGGUGGAGAAUACUGAGGGAGGGUGGCGCGAUCUCAUCUUUCACAAGAUCCGAGCUGUUUUUGGUUUUGGAAUUUAAUUAAUGCAUAUAAUUUUGGUUGGUGGGGCUGAACAUUUUGUUUGGCCUCAUUGUUCCAAUAGUGUAUUUGUUUGACGCUAAAUAACCAAAUUCACACAUGAAUUUUGAGGAUGUUUCAGCGAUGAGAUGUGUUUUGUGUUCCUCACGGGAAUUUCUGCAGGCUAUCAUCAAUCAUAAAAUAGAUGUGAAGGGAACAUUUGGAAUCUUUAGGUUUUGCAUUUCCUUACUGCAUUCUACAUGUCAUCCAAAAUCUGCAAUUCUUUGAUUGAUGAUCUUCCAUGUUCUGCAUGGGGCAGGGGAUCAUAUUAUAUGUAUAGGUUUUGUUCCCUUGAACACGUGGUGAUGCAUGAUUGCACAUUCCAAGAUGUGAUGCAUUUGUGCAUUUUACUCUGAAGUAUUAUUGAACAUGUAUUACAUUUAUUUAUGCA